CCUAGUCUUUCAUCGCUCGGCUGCAUGGAACACCCUCGCUCGGAACUGAUAGCACAGACGGGCUGGUGCUGCAACCAAGCUGCAAAACAACACCUGCUGAAUCCGCGACUUUAUUCAAAAGUGCUUCUCGACGUCCAGCGCUGCUGCUGCCCUCCCAAGACAGCUAUUGCCCCUGCCCCAGUCCAUCUUUGUCGCUCGUUUUCUUCUGUCCAACCGUUAUCCGCACGCUUGCACAUGCGCAUACCACCUGGCCAGCCCUCCCACCUCGUCCUCGUUGCAUGCUCCCACUCCGUCAUCACCCAGAGCACAUUCGUUUUCCACUGUACCGUCCAACCGGUCCAUUCCAAGACGGUCCACCGCACAUCCAACACAUCAUCACUACUUUCAGGGGUUUCUCACGGGCAGCAGCAGCGGGAUCCACCGACACUUGGUCAACAAGCGAAAGAUACUAGUCUUGGAUGUAACCGUGGCUACAAAAGAAGUAAUACCCCCAGACACUCUUGCCAUUGGCUACACUAGAGCUUGUUCGCAUGAUCCACGCCGCCUUUGUUCAUUCCCUUAGCACGCACGUUAGUCAAGGACCCUACAACCUUGAUCGGCCGCGCUCGGCACAAGUUGCUCCCAGAGACUAGAGCCUGCGUAGCGAAUCAUUAGCAAAGCCGCCACGGACCCGUACGACGUCUGUAGAGGAGCCCCGAUUCUGACGGACGCUUCAAAGUACGCUUGCCAGCUCUCCUACUGCA